AUGGCUGAUAUGGAGCCUCUUCAUAAAUGUUCUUGCGGCAAAAACGAUGGUGAUCAGGCGCCAGAGAGCCAAGUGAGAUCUGUGCAUCACGCUGUUAUCGAAGGGGAUACCGAGCUCCUCGAAGUGCUAAUCCGGGAUGGAGCGGACCUUUCUUCUACGAUCUCCUCUCGUGAUUUUACUGCACUUCACCUCGCUGUCCAGACAGGCAAUGAGGCAGCCACACGACUUCUGAUCCACGCCGGAGCGAAUGUUUCUGCGCCCAGUUAUGACGGCGUGACGCCAUUGCACAAUGCAGCUGCUGGGGAGUCAGUCACGGUGGUAGAAUUACUCCUCAAAUCUGGGGCUCAAAUCAAUGCACGCAAUAUCGAUCACGAAACACCAUUGCAUGUAGUGGCUUUGUUUGGGAACCAACAAAUUGCAAAGCUCCUCAUCGACGCUGGGUCCGAUAUCUCAGCGAGGGACUGCUACGGGAACACAGCGCUGCACAUUGCUGCUAGUCAUGAGCAUCUCGAGAUCUUUCAAUCUCUUCUUGAGGCUGGAGCCGACGUGAAUGCUGUUAACAACAAUGGAGAUUCCGUGCUACAUAGUGCAGGCAGAGAUGAUCCAACUUGCGCUAAAUUGCUUCUCAAGCAUGGUGCGGAUGUGUCUAUGAAAGGUGAGGGAGGGGAGACUUUCAUGCAUCGGGCAGCUCAAAGUUCCGUGGAGCUAGUGCGUGUCGCUCUCGGAGCCGAUGCCGACGUCGAGGCCACCGAUGAUGAAGGGAAAACACCAUUGCAUUUUGCAGCUGCGUAUGGAGAAAAAGCAAUCAAUCCGACUUUUAGUGGAUGCCGGUGCAAAUGUGAAUGCAACCACAAGAGCUGGCGAGACCGCAUUGCACUUAAUUUCUGGCGAUCCGUCAGUAGACGAACCUGA